UAUAGAAAAUGGAUAAUUUUUCUUUCCAGGCUGAGCCCAAUGCUUCCUGCGUGGAUGUGGAUGUUGGCUGCUACAGGACAGGACACCAGUGGCAUAAUAUGUCAGCCCCACAACUGAUUCCUACGUUCUACAUUGCUGUGCCCAUCAUCUAUUCUGUUAUCUGUGCUGUUGGACUUACCGGGAACUCUGCCGUCAUAUAUGUUAUCUUAAAGGCCCCCAAAAUGAAGACAGUCACGAACAUUUUCAUCCUAAAUCUGGCAAUUGCUGAUGAGCUGUUCACUUUGGUGCUCCCUAUCAACAUAGCUGACUAUCUGCUGCUUCAGUGGCCCUUUGGUGAAUUCAUGUGCAAACUAAUUAUCUCCAUAGACCAGUACAAUACUUUUUCAAGCAUCUAUUUCUUGACUGUCAUGAGCAUUGAUCGAUACCUGGUUGUUGUUGCUACUGUCAAGUCAAAGAAAAUGUCCUAUCGCACCUACAGGGCUGCCAAGACAGUAAGUGUGUGUGUCUGGAUUUUUGUCACAAUCAUCAUCUUGCCAUUUAGUAUUUUUGCCAAGAUCCAUACUGAAGAGGGACGGUCUCAAUGUGUCUUUGUCUUUCCCAGUCCAGAAGGCUUAUGGUGGAAAGUGAGUCGUCUCUACACCCUGAUCAUGGGCUUUGCCAUCCCAGUGUCUACCAUUUGCAUCCUAUAUAGCACCAUGCUGUACAAGCUAAGGCAUAUGCACCUCCACAGCAAUGCUAAAGCCCUGGACAAAGCAAAGAAGAAAGUGACAGUAAUGGUGUUGAUCAUCUUGGCAGUUUGCCUGUUUUGUUGGACCCCCUAUCACCUCAGUACUGUGGUGGCUCUCACCACAGACAUCCCCCAAACCCCUCUAAUAAUUGGAAUCUCCUACUUCAUCACCACUCUAAGCUACGCUAACAGUUGCCUCAACCCAUUCCUCUAUGGCUUUUUGGAUGAUACUUUCCGGAAGAGUUUCCGAAAGUUGAUCGAAUGUGGAACUUCCUCAUAAAAUCCCAGUC